AUGGUCCCCAAAAUCUUCAGGUUAUUCCAAAGGAAACACAAAGAGAAAGAUGUAUCCUCCAGGCCCAAAAGUGUGUCACCAAGCGCAAUCGGAAUCUCCGAUUCCACCUGCUCAAUCAACGGCGACCCCUUCAAUGGAUGGAAACUACCAACCCCAGCACCAGACCAACACAUCCUCAAACUCAACACUCAAAAACGCAGCCAUCAAGAAACAAGUCACUUCUUCCAGCUCCCAAUAGAAAUCAGGAGACUGGUAUAUAUCGAGCUAAUGGGUAACCGCCGCGUCCAUAUCGAGCACGGGUGGAUGUUUCCAUCGCCAUUUCGUCCAAACCCGAAGCGGGACGGGAAGCGCUGGGAUUGGUGGCAUGGUGUUUGUCAGCGGAGUGGAUCUUUUGUUGAUGACCGGUGUUGGGACCGUGAGGAUGAGAGGUAUGCGAAUAGACUCGAGGGGUUGGAGAGUGCGCCGGCGGGGACGAAACUUGGGGGCGUAGAGUGGUUGAGGUGUUGUCAGAUCGGGUAUGAAGAGGCAUUGACAGUGCUAUACGGGACCAAUGUCUUUGUUUUACGGAAUGGAUUAGACGCUCCGUUUAUCAUGUCUAGGCUUUUAUCGCCGGCCUGCUCGUCUCUCAUCACGUCUAUGGAGAUCUCUUUUGAUUUCUGGUACAAAUUAGAUGAAAGACAGGCCUCGGCUUGGGAAAGGGUCUACCCGGCCUUGUUUGAUUUGUUCGAGCAUUGCUUUUGCAAUGUUCAGAACUUGCGCUUGACGAUGCAUAUGCCGGCCUGGCAGAAGGUGAGAGGGACUAUAGACGAUGGCAAAAUAGACGAGAUUCUUGCGCCGUUGGGGAAACUUGCACAGAGUCGAGAGUGGGCUGGUUUAAAGCUUUGUGUUCCGUUGGAUUGGAUCCCUUGUUUAACGGACAGGGUGGAGAAGCAGAGCAGGUGGGAGUUGGCGAUAACUGACUGGUACGAGCGCACGCCUGUUGUCGAGUAUGACGGUCAAGCGGCUCCGUGCGAAGUUACGGGAAAGGUGGCUGUUUGA